AAAUGUAUCAUUCGAAGAGUAACAUACACGUUGUCAAGAUGUCCCGCGAGGAGUCGCUACAUAUUAUUAGGAAGUUUUUCGUGGACGUCUUUUUAAUAUCAGGACUGGUAUUAGGUAUAUAUGCAACACAAACAUACUGGGUGCCCUUCGAGAGGGGUUUCUUCUGUGGAGAUGAGAGUCUAAUGUUUCCAUACAGGAAUGACACCGUAACCACUCCAAUGCUCAGGCUUUUCGGGCUCGGUUUACCUGUGUUAGCUUUUUUCGUUUGCGAAUGGGUGCUGCUUCGAAAAGUGACCGACGAAAAACGAAUUUUAAGUCUGUACGUACCAGCGUGGCUCCGAGGUUUCUACUGUCCUCUGGCAUCGUUCGGCUUUGGCACUUGUUUCAUUGAACUAACCACCAACAUCGCUAAGAACGUUAUUGGCAGACCGAGGCCGCAUUUUUUUGACCUUUGCAAACCUUCAAUAGACUGUACUUUACCAGAAUGGCAGAAGCGUUAUAUUCAGGCGAACGAGUACGAAUGUUUGGGCGAACAGACGGAUAAAUUCAUGGAUAUGCACAUGUCUUUCCUCAGUGGACACUCCGCCUGGUCCGCGUUCACUAUGUUCUAUUUAGCUUUAUAUUUAGAGAAGAGGAUGGUAUGGCGUGGGACCCGUGUGCUGCGUCACUCUUUGCAAUUCGCGGCUGUUAUGCUGAGCUGGUUCACAGCUCUCUCAAGAGUUUCUGACUACAAGCACCAUUGGAGCGACGUACUGGCCGGGUACUUCCUCGGGCUUACAUUUGCCGUGCUAGUCUGGACAUGGGGAACGGAUAUAUUGGAACCUAAAAAGAAACACAAUCCUUUACCCCUUCACGACACCACCAUGCAACACUUACAAAUGGCUGCGCCGGCGUGAUCGUUGUCCUUUAAGGGAAAACGUUACACUAGUUUAAAACCCCGUGAAUAUAAUAAUAGAAUAAUUGAAUAAAUAUUAUAAAUUCUGAUAAUAAUGUAGAGCGUCAAAAUCAAUAUCGUGAAUGAAUGGUUAAAAGUUAUUUGUAUUGUAGUAAAAAUGUAUAUGUAGUUUCGUGUAUACCAAAUACGUAAUAAGAUCUCAUUUAGAAAAAAAUAAAAAAACUAGCGCCAACGUAAAAAUGAUUAGCAAAUACGCAAUAUAGAAAAAUGUUGCUUUUAGUAACAAUUUUGUCAGUUUAAUGAUUAUAUCAAAUCACGUAAAAAAAUUAAAUAUAUACAUAUAGUUUUCGUUCAUAUGUUUUGUUUAUACAUUUUUCGUUGAUGGACUAAUUAUUAUAUUAAAUGAUCUGAUUGUUAA